AUGGAGUGGCAUGACAAGUCCUGCACGCGGCUCGACCUCGCGUCGUUUGGCGACGGCACCAGUUGCCUGAGUUGUGGGUCAUUUGGCCCCGCGUUGGAUCCUGUGCGGCCACCGAUCAAGCAGCUCUCCGAGAUCAGAAUCCUGUGCAUACUACCCGGGCGCUUCCAAGAACCUGUAGAAUGUGAAAUCACAACCGAGAGCCUGUCCUCGCACCCCGAGUACGAUGCCAUAUCCUACACUUGGGCCGACGAGUCCGGGAAUGCCAGCGCGUCACAGACAAUUCUCGUUUCGGGUACUCCGUUCCAAGUGACGCGCAACUGUGAGAUGGCCCUGAAACGAGUCCGCAUGCAGUUCUCUACACGUCGAGUGUGGAUUGACGCAGUUUGUAUCGACCAGGAGAACGUCGACGAGCGUGGCCACCAGGUUGGGCUUAUGCCGCGGAUCUACUCCAGGGCCAAGAACGUUCUGAGCUAUAUUGGCGAAGCAACCCCAGAGAGCCGAGCUAUUACACAAGCCCUCCUUCGUGGUCAGCCAGCUUCACACGGGGUUUGGUACGACAUUGUUUCACGGAGGUACUUCACACGACUUUGGAUCCUCCAAGAAGUUGCUUUGGCCCGGAAGGCUGUGCUGGUUUGCGGAGAAGACUCUGUUCCGUGGGAGGUGGUUCGCAAAGAGACAAGCCAUCUGCGGCGAAGCCCAAUACUUCCCCCAGUCUUUUUCUUCGACUACAAGAUCUAUUCCAGCCCAGGCCAGCUGUUAGAUCUUCUUGUACUUGCGCAGUCAUGCAGCGCCACGGACCCUCGUGACAAGGUAUUCGCGCUUCUGGGACUACUACCAUCGGGUCGGAUAGGAGAUCUUGAGGCAAACUACAAUCUGACGGUUCGACAGAUUUAUAUCCAAGUUGCCCUGCACCUUGCAGAAGCAGUAGGGUGGCCACGCGUUCUAGUGCAUGCUGGAGCUGACAGACAAGGCGAGACAGUGGCAUUGCCUACGUGGGUUCCGGAUUGGAAUUGGAGCAAAGACCGACCAAGGGACAGGCUUCAAGAAACGGAAAUCCCCAAUGCCGGUUGGGAGACUGUGAUGUACAAUGAGAUCAAUAACAGCAUCAGCUUGAAGAUUAUUCAUAUACAAGGCCUCCGUGCCCCGUGGCGCGCAUGGGAGCCAAGCUUAGCCACGCUCGGGACGCACUAUCUCUGCUUUCCUCGGAAGAGAAAAAUCACAGAGGUGGUUUUGCAGCUUUACGACAGCUUCUGUGAGCGGCAAGAUCAGCGCUGUUUGUGGAAUGGCGCACUUCUUCCCUUCGGCUACUUCGUGACGCAAGGCAUGGGUCUCGAAAUGCACGAAGUGAAACAGGGACAGCACUCGCUUCACGGUUUUUAUAAUUACGACAUCAAUUGGGUAUCGCAGUUUUCAUGCCUUUCCAUUACAGCUGCUGCACAGGUAUUCACCAUGGUAACCAACAAUAUAGAACAGUUGGAUAUUCUCGUGAACGCAAUCGAGGCACACCUAGUUGAGGAGGACCUGGAAACCGCAAUGCGUAACGACGAGGUGGAGUUUGACAGAGAUGCUUACGUGCCAUAUAUCAAAUUGCUUACGGAAACCCUUCCACCAGUUGGUGAGGAGUUGGAAGGCCUCUGGAUGAGGAAAUUCCACUCAGGAGAACUUGGAAGGUUUGAGAACAGGAUGAAUGGGGUAGUUGACGUCGACAGCGACAGUGAUCAUACUCCUGAGCCCUUGAUCCAAAAUGUCAGUGAUGCGCUGUGGCGAUUGCUAGUGCGCUGUUUCACCAUGAGGGAGACAACUAUAGAGAUUAUCUGA